AUGAGAUCGUCCCUCGUAGCUCUUCCAAAGUCUUUUUUAGGGUUUAUGCCACUCUAUUUAGCAGUCGAGAUUGUUCUAGGUAUCUCCGUUCUGAAUAAAUGUAGUGGGGUUUAUGGUAUCUUAGCCUUGUUUACAGGCCAUCCUUUAGAUUUUAUGCAAUGGGUUGCAUAUCUUUGGUCGGUGUUUACACUGAUUGUAUUUGUACAAGGGCUCUAUCUGAUUCAUAAGCCAAAUUUGCUGGUUUUCUCUCAAAUAUGCGUCCUAUAUACCGUUGAUACUAUCUGUACUUGCUUUUUCACCCUAUGGUUUACCACACAGUGGUUCACUUUGGAAGAUAAAGUUGAUUUGAGUUCUAUUGCUGGUGAUGCUAGCAGUACUGCAUCCCAAGCCAAUUACAACCCAAUAGCAACCGGCAAGCUAACAGCACGUAGUAUUGAUAUAAGUGGACAGAGUGCUAGUGAAAGCUACGAGUAUUCGAUCACGAUAUUAAUUACGUUGGUAUCGUUGAUAUUCAGAUUCUACUUUAAUUUCAUUUUGGCAUCUUUCGUCCAAGAGUUGCUGCAUCACCCUAAAUAUUUAGUCGAUAGAGAUGAUGUAGAACAGGACUUGAAGAAUAAGCCUAUUUGGAAAAGGCUUUGGGCCAAGAGUCAAAAAGGCUGUUACAAACUAUGUAAGAAUUUACUAGAGUAG